AUGGAUGUUGUAAUCAACAAGGUGGCAGAGGAGAGUGGGGGGUGGUGGAGUUUGAUACUUUGUAACCCGAAAAGAGAAGAUUAUGGGGAAAAACAAGUCACUAAGCUUAGCAUUAAAAGCUUGGAGAUGUGUACUGAGAGUUUGGGGAGCGAAACAGGGAGGGAGAGUAGCGAAAGCAUAGAGAAUAAUAAUUCAAAAAUUGUUAAAAAGCAUACUACUACUAGUAGUAACAAAAUGCUAGUAGCUCAUUUUCCUCCUCCUCUCACUUCAAUUAUUCAGGUGACGCCUCAUCGCCAAGGUGAUCGUUUAAUCUUGAAAGCCACCACUAUGAAGUCUUGCUUCAAAGCAGAACGCCUCCAUGGAAGACUUCGGCUUUCUUUCAAUAAUACUGAAAUACUAGCUCAAAAUGGAUACAUAACACCAACCAAGUGCAAUCAAAAUGGGACUAACAUACCAACUUUUUGGGUCGCCAUUUCCUAA